CCUUAACAUCACAAUACUUUGUGACUCCUCACGUGCGUGUCCCGUGGUAAAAAAAUAAUUCUCAAUCUCCCUGAGAUUUCAUUGAAGGAGCAACAAGAAGAAAAAGUUUCAGUGAAUUAUAUUUUCUUGCUUGAAUUCACCAAAGGAUCUGUAAUUUUAUUUUAUUUUUUUGCUCAAGUAUUAAUCAAGGAAAAUCAAUUAAAACGAAUUGAUCUCAAUUUUUUGAGUGAAUUGAAUUUUCUUCUCUGCAAAUCAACAAUCUUCAUAAUUUGUGGACAUGAUUUCAACACGAAAGUUCUGCACAAUCAUCCUAAUGAUCCUUGGUGUAAGUCUGAUGGCCGUAGCAAUGACUGAAUCAGUUCCAAUGCCCAGGUAUCACAGUGGAUACUACAAUGAAAUUGAGGAGCAACCGGAAGAUGUCCUGAUGGAAUUGAUUGCACGGUUUGGUCAAACAAUAAUGAGAGCGCGUGACGAUCUGGAAAACUCUAAACGAACAGUUGAUUUUGGACUUGCGAGAGGAUUCUCUGGUAUUCAGGAGGCAAAACAUCGUAUGGGCUUGGCGGCCGCUAAUUAUGCUGGUGGUCCAGGCAGGAAGAGGCGUUCGGAAGCAACCCCAAUGGCUCCACCAGAUAGUGAAGCUUAAAUCGGAGGCUAAACCACAAUGGAGAUUAAGACACAUACACCCACACACAGGAAAGAAAGCUCAUCAUCAUGCCCACCGAAUGCAAAAAAGAAAUUCAAUAUAUUUUAUUUUUCUUUUCUCUCCUUUUUUUCCCCAAGAAUAUAUUUUGCCAAAAACAAAAAAGUUUUUCAACUGAAAUUUCACAUUCAAAACGAAUUAACAAAAAAUAAAAAAAGAUAAAACGUCACAAUAAAAUAUUUAAAAAAAAAACUUUCUCUUCCCCUUUUUGACGAAAUAUCAAAUUACAUUUUAGAUUGAUGAUUAUAUAGAAAAUGCAAAAUGUAAUUAAACUUUGAAGAAGAAAAAAAAUUACAACAAAAAAAAAGAAAAUUAUGUAAAAACCUUGGUAAUAAAAAAUAAAAAAAUAAACCAUUAGGCAUAAAUCUGUUCCUUGCACUUUUAUCUGAUUAACCAUAAAAAAUAUGACAUGUAAACGUAUAAAAUGUCUCAAAUAUUAAUUUUUGUCAGAAUUGAAAAAAUAUUACAUUUAAAAAAAUCUAAAUUAUGGUGUACAUGAGAUUAUAAUGAAAAAGAAGAAAAAAUAUGAAUGAGAACUUUAAAAAAAAUGAAAAUUGUCUCUUUAUGUAAAUGUUGGCAAAAGAAUUACAUUAAAAAUUAAUGUAGAUGAAUUAUAUGUUAUGAUUACCUCACUUGAAAUAUAUAUAAGUUGAGUUUUAUUAUUUAUCUA